AUGAUAAUAAUCUACAUAGACAUUAUACUUUUGGUUAUCUUGGUAUGCCUCACAGUAUUUGCCUGCGGUUACUGUUUCUACAGGGUUCAUAGGCUACAACGCGACGGGCAAGUCGAGAUUCUACUAAGACCAACAAAGGUCCUCUUCUCUCAUAAAAGCGAGGGAGAUUCUUGCGAACAGUUGAGGACCGUGGUUGCCUACCAAAACCCGUUCACGGGGGAUUACUGCAUCCACAAGAGCCGCCUUGGAACGGGCUAUGUGAAUGCGAUGCAAACUCCUGAUUCCCCUGACAGCGGGGUUUCCGACGAAUACGAACCUUUGAACCUAGAUCCCGUUCCAGAGAAAUUGCCUGAAGGAACAAAGCUGUCAAACGCUGUGAAUAUUCCUCAAUCUCAAUUAGCGGGAAGUUCGUCUGAAGGUCUGAAUGCAUCGAAGGAGAAACUGAAUGGAACACACGAAGAAGCGAUAAUAUUGUUUAGUGAGCAGCCGUCGACGCCAACUAAAGAUAAAAUCAGUCCAAAACCUGACGAUUACAGCCUCAACAAAACUUGGAACUGGAAAUAUACUGAAUACCAAAUAUAA